GAAAAAAAAAACGAUUAAUAACAAAUAAGAUCACUUUUGCUACCACUGAAUUCGUGUCUGUUUUUCUCACAAGUCCUACACCAAUAACGAUAAAUACCGUUGUAUUUGCACAAGACUUGGGGCAAGUCAUAUGUCUAUCAAGAUUAAUAGUCGUCAUUAAUUAGAAUGACACUACAACAGCGGCGUUUACCAAUGAUUAAUUACAAUUUUGAUAACGGAGAGGGAAGCCAGAUCGGUCUCAAAUCUUAGUGAAUCGAGUGAAAAUUACAGCAAAGUGUAUAACAAAUUGGCAAUCAUUAGCAAAGCCAAUAUUUAGAGCCGAGUCAAGUCACAACCAGAAUAUAUCAUCAACUGCCCGCCCUACGUUUUCCUAUCAUGUCCGUGCAUCCCUUACCGAGGGUCAAACCUCUUUGUUAAAUUUAUUGGAACAGAUGUUCCGAAGAAAUUCGAUUAAUUAGUUGAUUCUAUCACCUAUGAAAUGUGGUACGAUCCUGUUAAUAAUUUCCACACUCAUCGGAAUUUACAUCGGGAUUUUGACUCGAAGAGUUUCAAAUCUGUUUGAUCCGAGCAAAUGUCCGUUCUGUUACGGCAGUGAUCUAUGCAAGGAUAUCGCCAGGAUCAGGCUCCAAUAUAAAACUUUCAGCGACUUGUUUUAUAAUUUAUUCAGCGUGAAAAAUAUUUUUUUUGCUGAAUAUGAUGGAAAAAGGGUCGUUUUGAAAAAGUUGGGCCAUGACAGUGAACUUGAACAAAUCAAAUCACACUCUGUUGACGAAGAAUCGCUCGUUGAUUACUUAGUUAACAGUGCCAGUGGUUUGAGAAUUUGUUAUCGAGAUGUUGCGAAACGUUUAGUCAAAAGAUUGAGGAAAUAUUUCGACUUGGAGCAAAUUUGGACGAUUAGUCAAGUCAAUUGCGAGCCUUUGAUGUUGGCAAUUUUAAACGGACCGAUUCCAAACUUAUAUGGGAGUUGUGGUUUUGUAAUUGUCGAAGAGUAUUGUGGUCAACCACUCAAUCAUUUUGAAACGUCACCAUGGCACGUGCGAGCUUUUUUAGCUUUGCAAUUGUUGGAAGCUGCUAUUGAUUUUACACACAAACAUCACGAUUUCAGGGUGUAUUUGACAGAUAUAUCACCUGAUAACAUCGCAGUCGAUCAUAAUUUCAAACUGACUUUUGUCGACUUGGAACAUGUUAUUUUGCAACGCAAAGAAAAUCAAACCGAUGUUGUUCAUAAUACUCAAUUUUUCCCUGACGAUGAUUUUAUCUUUAGUGAAGCCGAAAUCUGUUCAAACUCUUUAAGUGACCACAAUAUCUAUGCCGUGUGCCGAUUGUUGUUGAGUCGUAAAGCUCCUUGGCCCAUGAUGGCAAAUGGCCUCCUUCAUUCACCGCCUCCGACAAUCGCUCGAUAUAAUAACGAACUUUUCUUACUGCUUGAAGACUGUGUUGACUCAAACCAGCGCUUUGAUAUCGCUGAGAAACUUAUAAAUCUGUUAAAAAAACUGAAUAAAGAUAUAUCUUGAGUCGCCUU